AUGCCGGGUGCACCGGGCUUCCAUUGGGGGGCGAUGCUCGCCGGACACCAUGCGGCCGCCGCGGCGGGCAUGAUGCAGCCACCCCUGUCCGCCGGGGGUGAGUACGCACCCGCGCCGGCACAUCACGGGCCCACGCACCCCGCCAUGCCUAUGGAUCUCCACGUUCAUCAGGGAUUUCCGUACUACAGGUACCGAGAUGACGCUCUCUGUUGGACAGAUAGGAAACCGUCCAUGGACGACGUUGGGAAUCCUACCUCCGUCAACGCACGAUUUGACGAGAGACACUACGCUUUCGAAAGCAUCCUCGAGAUGCGCAAGGAGAAGAGCAGAGACGCCGCCAGGUGUCGAAGAGGGAAGGAGAACUUCGAGUUCUACGAGUUAGCGAAAAUGCUGCCAUUACCGGCGGCCAUUACCUCCCAGUUGGACAAAGCCUCCAUAAUAAGGCUAACCAUCUCGUACCUCAAACUUCGGGAAUUCUCGGGCCACGGAGACCCGCCAUGGAAUCGGGACGAUCCGCCGCCGAAUAAAUCUGUCAAAGGUGCGAAUCGAGUGAGGUCGUCAGCAACCGAUGCGGUGGACCACUUUGAAGUACACCAAGGCACCCAUAUACUUCAAUCGCUGGACGGGUUCGCGAUGGCGGUCGCUGCUGAUGGACGGUUCCUGUACAUAUCCGAGACCGUCUCAAUUUACCUUGGACUCUCACAGGUAGAGAUGACGGGAUCAAGCGUUUUCGAUUACGUCCAUCAACAAGACCACGCGGAAGUCGCAGAGCAAUUAGGCCUCGGAUUGGCCUCGAGUAGUUCUUCCGGUCCACACUCGUCGAGCUCCGGAUUAGCGUCGCCGAGUAGUGCGGCGUCCGAAGAACACGGUUCGUCUUCCACGGCGAAUCCCGACGUGUCAUCAGUGAUGGCAUUAUCAUCGAGCGGUCUUUAUAAAGGAUACGAUCGAGCGUUCUGCGUGAGGAUGAAAUCCUCGUUGGCGAAAAGGGGUUGCCAUUUUAAGUCUUCUGGUUAUAGGGUCGUACUGUUACUGUGCCGUUUGAGACCACAGUAUACGUUUAGCCAUACAAGAAAGUCUGCGCCACCUUUGAUGGGCAUGGUCGGCUUAGCGAUCGCACUUCCUCCGCCAAAUGUGCACGAAAUUCGUCUUGAAACCGACAUGUUCGUCACCCGAAUUAACUUCGACUUUCGGAUAGCACAUUGCGAACCAAAAGUAUCCGAAUUAUUAGACUAUACAGCCGACGAAUUAACGGGGAAAAAUCUUUAUACGUUGUGCCAUGGAGAAGACGCGAACCGUCUUCGGAAGUCACAUAUUGACUUGAUUCAUAAGGGGCAAGUGUUGACGCAUUACUAUAGGUUGAUGAACAAAAGCGGGGGAUACACGUGGCUGCAAACUUGCGCGACCGUCGUGUGCAACUCGAAAAACGCCGAGGAGCAAAAUAUCAUUUGUGUCAAUUACGUCAUAAGUGGUCGUGAGUACGAGAACUUAAUAAUGGACUGCUGCCAACUAGAAGACGGUGUAAUGGGUGUCAAACGCGAGGACGCCGCUGGAAAUGAUCCAGAAAAUGGAUCACCCGAUGCCGACAAAGGAGAAGGUAGACGCCGCGGCGGACCGUCUAAUCAGCAUCAGGAACAUUCGCACAGGUCCCCGCCGGAGAAUCGCGAGGACACACGCGGCUCCGAGAGCGAGAAACGCAGCAACACGCACCACGACACCAUGGCGCAGCUGCAGCAGGAGCCCCAGGCCACCGUGGGUAACAUCAGCACCCUCGUGGUGAAGCUGCGCGGUCACAAGCGGAAAAUCCAAGAGGACGACAGCAGCUCGAACGAGGACGAGGAGGACGAGGAGGACGCCGCGUCGACGAAGGUAGCGAGCAACGAGAGGAGCCACGCUCUCAGUCCAGCCCCGUCGAACCAUUCGAUCUCGGCCGGCGAGCAAGCGCUAUGCUCGACCAGCCCGAAGUCGAGACGCGUGGAGGACAGGACGACCAACGCCGACAGCACGGGCACCUCGGUCAAGGAUCUGGAGCAAGCGAUGUCGAAGCAUCUGCCGGUGGCUAGUCUGAACAAAUCUCACUCCCCCACGUUGCACCAGCCCACGGACUUCAGCACGGACGCGCUGUUGAAGCAACAGCAACAGAGGAGCACGAUACAGUGGAUCGGAGCGCAUCAUCAUCUGGGACACCUGAGUCCUCAGCAGUCGAGCACCGCGCCCUUGCCAGCAUCCGCGCUCCUGCGGCAGCUGUACGCAAACAGGGAGAGCGUGAUACGCGCCAACGUCCACGGAAUAACCUCCAGCAGCAGCACACGUACCCCGUCCUCCGGUGGCACUUACUAUACAGGGGACACCGCGCCCAGCGGACCUCUGCCUACUCCCCCGGGCUCCGAGGGUUCCAGCACCUACGGUGAGCAUCAGUUUGUGUUGGCCACGCAUAACCAGAAAGGCACCACCGGGACCAGUUGCGCCGACGCGUUCACGAGCCUGGUCUCCUCGUACACCACCGCUGGCGGUUACACGGUCGAUUACCAUUCGGCGAUGACGCCGCCGUCGUCGGUAUCGCCGCGCGACAAGCAACAGCAGCAGCAGCAACAGCAACAACUGCACCCGGUGAACGUGAUUAGCAAUUACGAGGGCUCGUCGGCCUACGCCGAUCCCGUGCUACGACAUCAGUACGAGCCGGCGCAACCGUUGCCUUUGAAACCACAAGUGUAUUCAGCCGCGGUUCAUCCGAGCGCGUUGGACGCCGCCGCGGCGUACGCGUCCGCCGGGCUCACCGAGCAGACGCAAUUCUAUCAUCAUCCGGCGGCCGGCGCCGGUUUUCACAUCUACCAUCCGACUAACAAGUCAACGACGAACGGCUGGUACAGUUCGACGUCCUAGUGGCGUGGUCCCGU